AUGGCAGCCACCAGAUCUAUAAAGAAUAAGCAUCGUGAACCACGACAAAAGAAAAACCCUUCCAUGGCAACUCUUCCAACUCCUUCACGACGGCGCAAGCCUCGCACUCUUGCCACCGUUUCCGCUAUUCUUGCCGUUUUACUCAUCAUUUCAGUCAUCUGUCUCUUGCUCGUUUCGUCGAACACUUGGCGUGCGUUCCAACAAGUGGUUUCAUAUGAGACGAUCUCUGUUGUCAAUGACUUCCCUCACGAUCCUCAAGCCUUCACUCAGGGGCUUAUUUAUGCUGGAAAUGAUACAUUAUUUGAGUCAACUGGUCUUUAUAAGAAGUCCUCUGUCCGCAAAGUAGCUCUCCGUACUGGGAAGGUUGAGAAACUUCAGAAGCUAGAUGAUUCAUUAUUUGGGGAAGGUUUAACUCUCCUCAGUAAUAGGCUGAUCCAAGUAACAUGGAUGCAGACAAAUGGUUUCAUAUAUGACCUCAAAAAUUUAAGCAAACUUGGGACAUUUAAUCAUGAUAUGAAAGAUGGCUGGGGUCUUGCAACUGAUGGAAAAGUCUUGUUUGGAAGUGACGGAAGUUCAACAUUGUACCAAAUUGACCCUCAAACAUUUAAAGCCAUAUCCAAACAAGUUGUCUUCUAUAAGGGUCAUCAAGUACACAAUCUCAAUGAACUGGAAUAUAUAAAUGGUGAAGUUUGGGCAAAUGUUUUUACGACUGACUGUAUUGCAAAAAUCUCUCCUAAAGAUGGUGGUGUUGUUGGGUGGAUUCUCCUCCCAAAUUUAAGGAAAGAAUUAAUUGAAGCUGGAAAUAAUGCUAUUGAUGUUUUGAAUGGGAUAGCAUGGGAUGCUGAGCAGGAACGGAUUUUUGUGACUGGAAAACUGUGGCCCAAGUUGUAUGAAAUCAAAGUUUCACCCAUAAAAUCAAAAAUCGAAGAAGGGAUGGUUGAGCAGCUUUGCUUGCGCAAGCCUUUUCAAUUUCUAUGA